AUGCCGCUGUUUGUAUUUGAAAGACUUGGUUUGGGGGAAGCUAGACCCACUACUGUUACUCUUCAACUAGCUAGUUGUUCAUUAACACAUCCCAAAAGUAUUAUAGAGGAUGCUCUAGUAAAGGUAGAUAAGUUAAUUUUCCCAGCGGAUUUCAUUGUUUUAGAUAUGGAGAAAGAUGAGGACGAGCCUAUUAUAUUGGGACGACCAUUUUUGGCCAUGGGGCAAGCAUUGAUAAACGUUCAGAAAGGAGAGUUAAGGCUUAGAGUACAAGGUGAUGAGGUCAUUUAUAAUGUUUUCAAAGCUUUAAAAUAUCCUUUAGCCAGUGACAGUUUUUUUUGUGUUAGUGUAUUAGAGGAACCAAGUAAAGGGGUCCAGUCUAUUAAGGAUCCAUUGGAGUUAAGUCUGAUUGCAAGUCCUGAAGCUUGUGCUGGUACUGAAGCCAAUGAGUAUGUUAAGUGGUUGAGUUUAUCAGGGAAAAUAUAUAAAAAGAAUUAUGAGGAAUUAGGGCAAGUACCUGAGAGACCUCUUCCAUCCAUUGAGAAACCACCAGCUCUUGACUUAAAAACCUUACUUGAUCAUCUUAAGAACGCUUUUCUAGGGAAGAGUGAUACUCUCCUAGUUAUUAUUUCAGCUUCUUUAUUUGUGACUGAAGAAGAGAAGCUUCUUAGGUUAUUAAGGGCUCACAAAUUAGCAAUUUGA